CCCCGGACCCGUACGGAUUCUUUGCGUGUGACGCGGCUCUGUUGAGCAUCGAAAGCAGCCACCCUGUAUCUCCAACCGACCGUCGCCACCAUGAAUGGUUCCGGGUACGAGAUAAAUACAAACGGUGAUAUCCUGCUACAGAACCAGCAGAAGGGCUGGUGGACGAUCGGGCUGAUCAAUGGCCAGUACAAAUACAUGACGGCCGAAACGUUCGGCUACAAGCUGAACGCUAACGGUGCAAGCCUCAAGAAGAAGCAGCUCUGGACGCUGGAACCGUCCACCACCGGCGAUAGCAUCAUCUAUCUGAAGUCGCACCUGGGACGCUACCUUUCGGUGGACACGUUCGGCAAUGUGCUGUGCGAGUCGGAGGAGCGCGAUGCGGGCAGCCGCUUCCAGAUCAGCAUCACCGAUGACAAUUCGGGCCGCUGGGCGUUGAAGAACGAGCAGCGCGGAUACUUCCUUGGUGGCACGCCGGAAAAGCUAACCUGCACGGCGAAGGCUCCGGGCAAGAGCGAACUGUGGAGUGUUCAUCUCGCUGCUAGGCCUCAGGUGAACUUGCGCUCGGUUGGUCGCAAACGGUUUGCCCAUCUGUCCGACACGCAGGAUGAAAUCCAUGUCGAUGCGAACAUUCCGUGGGGUGAGGACACGCUGUUCACGCUGGAGUUCCGUGCCGAUGAGGAUGGUCGUUACGCGCUGCAUACGUGCAACAACAAAUAUCUCAACUCCAACGGCAAACUGGAGACCAAGUGCACGGACGAUUGUCUGUUUUCGGCCGAAUACCACAGCGGCCAUCUUGCGUUGCGCGACCGGCACGGGCUCUACCUGUCGCCGAUCGGUUCGAAGGCGGUGCUGAAGUCCCGCUCGCAGACGGUAACGCGUGACGAGCUGUUCUCGCUCGAGGACUCACUGCCCCAGGCAUCGUUCAUAGCCGCACUAAACAGCAAGUACGUGUCGGUAAAGCAGGGCGUCGACGUGACCGCCAACCAGGACGAGAUCGGCGAGAACGAAACGUUCCAGCUCGAGUUCGACUGGUCCGCCCACCGGUGGGCACUGCGCACCACGCAGGACCGCUACUGGUGCCUGUCGACUGGCGGUGGCAUCCAGGCAACCGGCAAUCGCCGUUCGGCCGACGCACUGUUCGAGCUCGAAUGGCACGGCGACGGUUCGGUGUCGUUCCGUGCCAACAAUGGCAAGCUGCUCGCAACGAAACGGUCGGGCCAUCUGUUUGCGACUGCGGAAGCGAUCGAGGAGACGACCAAGUUCUACUUCUAUCUGAUCAACCGGCCAAUACUGGUGCUGAAGUGCGAGCAGGGCUUCGUCGGGUAUCGUGCGCCGGGCAGCAACAAGCUCGAAUGCAACAAAGCCAUCUACGAGACGAUCCUGGUCGAACGUGCCCAGAAGGGCAUCGUCCAUUUCAAGGGUCAAAAUGGAAAGUAUUGGCGCGUGGAUGGCGAAGGCAUUGCAGCCGAUUCGGAUGUACCGUGCGAUGGGUUCUUCAUUGAACUGCGCGAACCCACGCGCAUCUGUCUCCGUUCCAGCGAUGGACGCUAUCUGGGUGCUACCAAGAACGGUACGUUCAAGCUUGUCGACACCGGUUACGAUACUGCCACCCAGUGGGAAUACUAA